AUGGCGAAGCGGAUCAAGAUUGUAUUCUUUGACGCCUUGUUCACAAUUGUCCGACCACGCCUGCCAAUCGAAGUACAGUAUGCGCAAGAGUUUGCACCCUAUUUUACGGCGAAUCCUGGCGAUGUUAAGACUUCGUUCAAGACAGAGAGCGACGCAGCGAGUGCAUGGUGGGCCGAAGUCAUUCGUAGAACGGCGAUUGGUGCCGGAGCUGAGCCAAAAGCAGUAGACGAUGCUCUACCCAAGAUUGUACCAUCAUUGUUGAAGAGGUUCAGCUCCAAAGAGGGAUAUACACUUUACGAUGACACUGUUCCCACUCUAAACGCACUUCAUAGACGCGGGAUUCGGACAGGUCUAGUAUCGAAUACCGAUCUUCGAAUGGAACUCGUCCUCAAGGAUCUUGGCAUAUUCGACAAACUCUCACCAGCAUUGUUCUCUGAAAGAGAAGGUAUCGAAAAGCCAGACAAAGAGAUCUGGAACCGUGCUCUGCGGCGUGCACAAGUUGGCAACUCAGAAGCUUUACAUGUUGGUGAUGAAUUAGAAGCGGAUUACAAUGGAGCAAUUGCAGCAGGGUUGCAUGCCCUACUUCUGAAACGACCUGAAGGUGGUAGGGAGGAGACUUCUGAGAGCCCAGCACAUACUAUAUCUUCCCUGAACGAACUCUUUGAGUUUAUUGAGGCUCGGGAGACCAUCUCUUAG